AGCAAGGGAAUUAUGGCACAAAGAAAAUAGUUAACUGCAAUUGGAGAGUAUAUUUUUUUUCCCAGAGGAGCAAUUACUUUUGAAAUCGCAUUUUGGACAUAUUACACAUCAAACAGCCUUUUUCCUGGCCAAGCACUUUGACCCUAAGUGGACUAGUCGAAACAAUAACAAAGAUCCCUGUGGGAACAAAGCUCUUGCAGGUUACAGAGAUGCAGCCUUUAAACUUGAUAGGCACGCUAAUUCUUUUGCUGUACAUCUACACAGACUGUGCAGAUGCCAGUAGGCACUAUAGGCAAGUCCUCACUGGAAGCCAACCAGGUGUGUGCCGCUAUGGAAGGAGACUGGAGUGCUGCUAUGGCUGGAAGAAAAACAGUAAAGGACAGUGUGAAGCUCAGUGUGAGCACGGAUGCAAACAUGGAGAGUGUGUAGGACCAAAUAAAUGCAAGUGUUUUCCUGGAUACACUGGGAAAACAUGCAAUCAAGAUUUAAAUGAGUGUGGGUUGAAACCACGUCCGUGUGAGCAUCGUUGCAUGAACACUCAUGGGAGUUACAAGUGUUACUGUCUGAACGGGUACACUUUGAUGCCUGAUGGAUCUUGUGCAAAUUCCAGGACGUGCUCUCUGGCUCACUGUCAGUAUGGCUGUGAGGAGGUUCAGGGGGAGAUCCACUGUAUCUGCCCCUCCACUGGCCUGCAACUGGGACAAGACGAGAGGACAUGUGUAGACGUGGAUGAAUGUGUUACUGGCAAGAACCUAUGUCCCUAUAAUAGACAGUGUGUAAACACAUUCGGCAGCUACUUCUGCAAGUGCCAGGAAGGCUACGACCUCAAAUACAUUGAUGGCAAAUAUGACUGUGUAGAUUUGGAUGAGUGUGUGAGUGGCUCACAUAAAUGCAGUCACCAUGCAGUUUGUCUCAAUACUCAAGGAUCCUACAAAUGCAGAUGCAAGGCUGGAUUCAGAGGCAAUGGCUUUGAAUGCUCAGUCAUCCCUGAAUCCCCAGUCAAGCCUGGCAAACAUCAGAACGAGGACAUCAAAAACAUUAUCCCAGAGCCAGCGGUGACAGAACCCUCAAAGGUCAGGCAGCAGCCCUUUGACUAUGAUGGAGAGGUUUACAUCGGGAAUCCUGAUGAGGAGAGACCAACAGAGAUCACAGAGGAAGAUGAGGAGGAAGAGAACAACCAGCUCAACCCCAGAGGAGAUGUGUUCGUUUCAGAGGACUUUGAAUCAGUGUUUGGCCCCACCACAGAAGUCAAAGAAAUUGAGAUAGUUCCAGUUCAGGAAGAGUUUAUCAUGGAUUGCAACUUUGAUCAGGGAGGAUGUGAGUGGGUUCAAGACAAGAGUGACGACAUGGACUGGAGUGUUGCAUAUCAUGACAGUGGGGCUGAGUACUACAUGGCCAUGAGUGGUUUCCUGGGAGAGCAACAGGACAUAGCUAAGCUCAAGUUGCUCCUGAGUGACCGCGCCCAGCAGGGCAGCUUCUGUCUCACCUUUGACUUCCGGGUUGUGGGCCACAAUGUUGGCACCCUCAGAGUCCUCCUGGAUAACAAUGUUUAUCCAAUCUGGGAGCAGAGUCAAAGCCAAAACCACGCCUGGCAGACGGAGUUCCUCACUGUAGCCUGGAGAGAGAAGGCACCAGAAAUGAUCAUCUUUGAAGCUCAGCGAGGAGGUGGUGUUGGUGGAGAGAUCGGACUGGAUAACGUUGUGUUGACUUCAGGCCCAUGUCAAGAUGAUACUAGCCCAGACUUUUAGGAAGCUGUUAUUGAUUA